AUGUCAACUUCUUCAUCUGCAACGAAGCAAAAUCAACAUCCCCGUGUACGGCAUAGCUGGCAUAUCCCGAAGGAAUUUUUUUUGGCCGACCCAACCUUCAACAAAUCUGGUGCGAUCGAUAUGUUACUCGGAGCUGAGCAUUUCUUUACAUUCGUAAACCCUGGUACUCGAAUUGACCAACCCAACAACCCUAUCCUUAUCGACAGCAUUUUUGGUUGGAUCGUUAGUGGAAGAACUAUUUCCCCCGUUGCAGUGGAUCCCAUAGCAUGCCAUAUCGCGCUCAACGACCCGCUGCAGGAAGCCCUUGAACGUUUUUGGCGCACUGAAGAGAUAGAAAACAAACUCAGCUACUCUGUGGAAGAACAGCAGUGUGAGUCCCACUUUGCUUCUAACGUUUCCCGUACACGCGAGGGAAGAUAUGUCGUCCGUUUACCCCGCCACCCUAAUUUCGAUCUCAUGUUAGGUGAAUCAAAAGCAGCCGCCCUUCGUCGCUUUCAUUACCUAGAAAAGCGACUAUGUGGAUCACCCGAAUUAAAAGCACAAUACCAUUCGGUCCUAUCAGAAUAUUUGUCGCUAGGCCACAUGAGGCUGGUACCUGAAAACGAAAUCGAACCGCCUCUGGUGCACUACCUACCCCAUCAUGCCGUAUUGAAGCUAUCAAGUACAACCACAAAGGUUCGUGUGGUAUUCGAUGGAUCUGCAAAAACAUCGACUGGAUUUUCCAUUAAUAAUGCCCUGCAAGUGGGUCCAAUCAUUCAAGAUGAGCUCCUUACCUUAGUGCUUCGAUUUCGCAAAUAUCCCAUAGCGCUUGUAGCGGAUAUCGAAAAAAUGUAUCGCCAAGUGUUACUGCACCCAGAAGAUACUCCGUUACAACGCAUACUUUGGCGAUUCGAUUCUCAUGCCCAGAUUUCCAUCUACGAAUUACAAACUGUGACAUAUGGUCUAGCUCCAUCGUCAUUUCUGGCCACACGUACCUUACAGCAACUUGCCGCUGACGAAGGAGAUUGUUAUCCACUCGGCGGACCGGCUUUAUGCAAGGGGUUUUAUAUGGAUGACUACAUUGGGGGAGCAGAGACGAAAGAAGAAGCAAUUCAAACUCGCAUCGAACUGGAUGAACUGCUAAGGAAGGGAGGAUUUAUUCUCAGAAAGUGGACAUCAAACAACGCAGACGUUCUCAAAGACCUCGAUCCGUCUCAGAUUGGAACUCAGCCCGCACUCAAAUUCGACCACGACGAAACAAUAAAAACGCUAGGAGUUAGCUGGGAACCAGCAACAGAUCAGUUACGUUUUGAUUCCACUCCCUGUAAUGAAUGCGGAUCACCCACUAAACGAUCCAUACUGUCGUCCGUAUCCAAACACUUUGACCCUCUUGGUCUUAUCGCGCCGGUUAUUAUAAGAGCAAAAAUGCUUCUCCAAGAGCUAUGGUUACAACCCUGCGGAUGGGACGAAGAGGUUUCGGACAAUAUACGUACUAAAUGGGAGAAUUAUUGUGCCGAACUUCCAUCACUUUCUUCCUACAGAGUGAACCGGUAUGCAUUCUUACCAAAUUCCACCGUCCAACUGCAUACAUUUGCAGAUGCAUCCCAGCAGGCAUCUGGCGCCUGCAUAUAUGCCAGAUCCAUUGAUUCCAAAAGUCGAAUCCACAUCCAGCUGCUAGCAUCGAAGUCGAAAGUCGCACCGCUAAAACAAAUUUCCGUACCCCGAUUAGAAUUAUCAGCUGCUGUUCUCGCUGCCCGUCUGCACAAAAAAGUUUCCGCCGCUCUGGAUAUGCCCAUCUCCGCAUCGUUCUUUUGGUCCGAUUCUACCGUUACGCUUGAAUGGUUACGCUCCCCUCCAUAUACCUGGAUCACUUUCAUCGCGAAUCGAGUGUCCGAGAUACAAACCAGCACCCACGGAUCCCACUGGAACCAUGUAAUAGGUAAACGAAAUCCUGCGGAUCUCAUCACGAGAGGAAUAAAAGUGAGCGAUUUUCUCAACUGUGAUCUUUGGCAUCACGGACCAACGUGGCUAAAGCUACCUGAAACAGAAUGGCCAACAAAAACACAGCAUCAGAAAACCCCCGAAGAUAUUCUAGAGCGGCGAAGGAUGGUGGCGGCCGUCCAAAACAAGCCCUGUGUGAAUGAAAUAUUCAAACGAUUUGCUACUUACAACCGAUUAAUUCGUGUGACAGCAUACUGGCUUCGUUUCAUCGCUGCCUGUCGACGAAAAUUGUUUCCCGAGCAAACGCCAGAAAAUUCCAUAACACUCACAGUGGAUGAAAUCACAGCAGCUCGCUUUAAAUUAAUAGCACUAGCCCAAGCAGAUGUAUUCGCUGAGGAAAUGAGAGAUCUGGGGAAGGGUUAUGCGAUAUCUAAACGAUCCGACUUACGCCUUUUGAGUCCUUUUGUCGAUCCGGACGGUAUAUUACGUGUCGGGGGCAGAUUAAAACUCUCCGAGCAGCCUUACAUGACUAAGCAUCCAAUCCUAAUUCCCAGUUCCCAUCCAUUCACACGAUUAGUGGCCCAGCACUACCAUCUUAAACUGUUGCACGGUGGCGGCCGUGUAACCCUAGCUGCCAUUCGGCAAGAAUAUUGGCCAAUUCAAGGACGACGAGUGGUCAACAGUGUCAUGAGAAACUGUUUUAGAUGUGCCCGUGCCGCUCCCGUUCCAGCAAAGCAGCAGACCGGACAAUUACCCCUGCAAAGAAUCACUCCAAGCCGCCCCUUUUCGGUCACCGGUGUGGACUAUGCCGGUCCUGUAUAUAUCAAGCCAAUACACAAACGAGCGGCACCCACAAAAGCCUACCUCAGCAUUUUUGUUUGUUUUGUGACGAAAGCAGUGCAUAUUGAACUGGUCAGCGAUUUGUCAACCCCCGCAUUCCUCUCUGCACUAAGAAGGUUCAUUGCCCGCCGCGGCUGCCCCGCGCAUAUGCACUCCGAUAAUGGAAAAAAUUUUGAAGGUGCACGUAACGAACUGCAUGCACUUUACCAGUUACUGCAGAAGGAGAAAACGACCAGAGAAAUUGCCACAAACUGCGCAAACGAAGGAAUUCAAUGGCAUAUGAUUCCUCCAAAGGCCCCACAUUUCGGCGGAUUGUGGGAAGCAGCUGUAAAAGUCGCCAAGAAGCACUUGUAUCGCCAGCUUGGAAAUGCAAUGCUUUCUUUUGAGGAUAUGGCUACGGUGUUGGCUGAAAUCGAAUCGGCAAUGAAUUCGCGACCGCUAACACCACUCACGGAGGAUCCAAAUGAUCUGGCAGUCCUCACACCAGCACACUUCCUGAUUGGCAUUUCACAAUCCGCUCUCCCCGACGCCGACGUCAGCCAGAUGCCGAUCGGCCGCCUUGAUCACUAUCAACGUCUCCAGCAUCGAGCUCAACAGUUUUGGUACCAGUGGAAGACCGAAUACCUUCAAGAAAUACAGAAAAACAACAAACACAUCGCACCAAACACUGCUUUCCAGCCCGGCAGAUUGGUAGUAGUCGUCGACGAGUUUCUCGCACCCGUAAAGUGGUCAUUGGCGAGGAUCAUCAGCACCUGUCCUGGACCAGACGGACUUACCCGCGUCGUUGAAUUACGUACCAGCAAGGGAAUCAUUCGUCGACCGAUUACGAAGAUAUGCCUGCUGCCCUAUAAUGAAGAGUAA